AUGGUUCUUUCUCCCAUGACUCGCUUUCGUGCUGAUAACGACGCUGUGACAUUACCUUUCGUCAAGGAGUACUAUGCACAGCGCGCAGCUGUGCCUGGGACAUUAUUGAUCGCCGAGGCAACUGCAAUUUCAAACCAAGCAAAAGGGAUUGCAAAUGUCCCUGGAAUCUGGGCAUCGGAACAGAUCAAGGCCUGGAGAGAAGUUGUGGACGCGGUUCAUUCGAAAGGAUCAUAUAUAUGGCUUCAACUCUGGGCCACAGGGCGCAGCGCUGAGGUCGAGAUACUAACCGCAGACGGAUUCGACCUCAUAUCCAGCAGCGCAAUUCCUGCCGGACCAGACGAUCCUACUCCGCGUGCUCUGACGGAGUCUGAGAUACAAGUCUACAUUGAUGAGCACGUACAAGCUGCCAAGAACGCCAUGCUCGCGGGCUUUGAUGGCGUCGAGAUUCAUGGCGCUAGUGGUUUCUUAAUUGAUCAGUUCACCCAGGCGUCGUGUAAUCAGCGGGUCGAUGGCUGGGGUGGAACAAUUGAGAAACGAGCCCGAUUCGCACUUCAGAUUACCAGUAGAAUUGUCGAAGCGAUCGGUGCCGAUCGUGUCGGCGUAAAACUAUCACCGUGGAGCACGUUCCAGGGCAUGGGAACUAUGAAUGACUUGGUCCCUCAGUUUGAGUACAUCAUUACCCGCCUCCGCGAGAUGAACAUCGCCUAUCUCCAUCUAGCCAACUCCCGAUGGGUGGAAGAUGUUACGCAUCCUGACACCGAUAACAGGACUUUUGUUCAUAUGUGGGGAAAGUUGAAGCCGGUUCUGCUGGCAGGGGGCUACGAUCCAGCUUCAGCGAAGGUGAUGGCUGACGAGACGUAUGCCGGGUAUGACAACGUGGCUGUCGCAUUUGGCCGAUUAUAUACCUCUAACCCUGACCUGCCGUUCCGUGUGCAACACCAACUUCCACUUCAACCCUACGAUCGUGACACGUUUUACGUUCCGCUCUCAAAACAAGGUUACCUGGACUAUCCGUUUAGCAACGAGUUCUUGGCAUCAGGGUAUAUCGGGGAUGUACAGGGGUAA